AUGCCCUUCUCCCAGAAUGGCUCUUUGUUCGACCAAAACAGUGAGCAGUUCGAUUUUAAUAUAGUAUUUGAGCAGGCUUUCUUCUCUAUUAUCCCGUCUAUUCUGUUUAUAAUAGGCGCAUCAUGGAGGACCACCUCUUUAACCAAAAAAUCCAUCACCGUCAAUCCUUCUGCAUUUCGAUUUGUGAAAGCUAGUGCCAUCACAAUCUAUGCAAUCCUUCAAAUUGUGCUCGUCAUUCUGGCCGCCGCGGGUCAUUUCCACGCCACGGCCAUGCUCAUUGCAGCUUCGGUCCUCAAGUUGCUGGAGGCCAUUGCCAUUCUCCUUCUGAGCGUCUUUGAGCACACUCGAACAAAUCGUCCAUCUAUGUUGCUGACGGGUUAUUUGCUCCUGACGCUUAUCCUCGACGCAGCACAGUCGAGGACACUCUACCUGUCAUCCACUGUCUCUACAGAGCGCGCCUACAGCAAUCUAUUUACUGCCGCUGUGGCCGUUAAGGUUGUCAUGUUGCUUCUGGAAUGUCAGCAAAAGACCAAAUGGGUGGAAUGGGAUAAGAAGAUGCAUAGCCCAGAGGAAACAAGUGGUAUCUUCUCCCUUGGUGUCUUCUUCUGGCUUAACCGCUUGUUCUUGGCGGGAUACAAAAAUGUCUUCUCUAUCAAUGACCUCUACCCCCUAGAUGGUGCAAUGGACCCAACAAUACUCCACGAGAAAUUCUAUCGACACCUGAAUAUGUCUAGGAUGAAGGGUGACAAGUUUGGCCUUACCAAAAUCCUCAUACGCACCCUUAUCGGACCUCUUCUCCUCCCAAUUAUUCCCCGCUUUGCCCUCCUCGGCUUCUCCUUUGCUCAGCCGCUUUUUAUUGAAGGACUUCUCGACUACCUCUCGCGGGGUAAGCCCAACCCCAACUAUGGAUAUGGCUUCAUUGGCGCCAGCUUUUUCAUCUACGCCGGAAUUGUGGUUAGCUGGGCCUUUCACCGCUAUUAUCAUCAUCGCAUGCGCACUAUGCUGAGAUCAAUUCUCGUUACUGAGACAUUUGUCACGGCCAUAAAGGCUCGCAUUGGAACUAAUAACGAUAGCGCUGCACUAACUUUAAUGAGCACCGAUAUUGAGCGAAUCAGGAUAGGCUUCCGACAGCUACAUGACAUCUGGGCAAGUCUGAUCCAGGUGGCGCUUUGCGCGUGGAUGUUGGAUAGGGAGCUGGGUGUUGUAUUCGUCGCCCCCAUCGGGCUGGUUAUCCUCUGUUUCAUUGGCCUUGUUAUUCUCAUGAACUUUAUCGGAACUGCGCAGAGGAGAUGGAUGUCUUUAGUCCAGAAGCGCGUUGGUUUGACAGCUACUGUUAUCGCCAGUAUGAAAAACCUCAAAAUAUCCGGCCUUUCUUCGUCUGUUGGCACCUUUUUGCAGAGAAUUCGCGUCGAGGAACUCACGGCGGGAGUCCGUUACCGUAAGAUCUACGUCGGGGCGGCCCUGCUUGGAUUCAUUCCACUGCUCAUCGGCCCGGCUUUGGCGUUAGCAUUUACCCAGACUAAACUGAACUCGACAAAUGUAUUCACUAGCCUUUCUUUCUUGACCCUGAUGACGCAGCCCUUGUCGCAAAUUUUCCAGAAUAUUCCCGAAGUCAUCUCUGCCUUAGCUUGCAUUGGCCGAAUUCAAGCUUUCAUGGAAUGCGAGACUCGUGAAGACUAUCGUCAAGUCGCAGCUUUCUUUGAGAAAAACUCUGAAACGGGUUUACUCAACAGUGAGCUGUUCUCUGAUACUGAAGUGAUCAUUGAGAAUGGAAGCUUCGGCUGGGAACAAGACAAAUUCGUCCUGCAAGACACUAAUGCUAAGAUACCAAAGUCUUCACUUACCCUUGUUGUCGGGCCCGUUGGCUCGGGCAAGUCGACGCUUUGCAAGGCGCUACUUGGAGAGAUUCCCUUUCAUCGAGGCAGAGUCACACUGCGCACGAGGGCUCCAUACGUCGGAUUCUGCGACCAGACUGCGUUUGUAUUGAACGGAAGUAUCAAACAAAAUAUCAUAGGCUUCUCUCCGGUGAAUGAGGACAGGUAUGCUGAAGUCAUUGAGGCGACAGCGCUCGCCUUUGAUUUUGAUAGCCUGCCACAAGGCGAUGAAACAAACGUGGGUUCUGACGGAAUAUCCCUAUCUGGAGGCCAGAAGCAGCGCAUUUCCCUGGCACGUGCCCUAUACUUACAGACCCACUUCCUUGUUCUCGACGAUAUAUUCAGCGGCCUGGAUGCGGAUACCGAAGAGCAAGUCUUCCGCAAGGUAUUUGGACCGGAAGGACUAUUGAGAAGUCGCCAAACCACCGUCUUGCUCUGCACACAUAGCGUUCGACACCUACAGGCGGCAGACUAUGUCAUCGCCCUUGAGGACGGUAGGGUUAGCGAGCAGGGCACGUUUGACACACUAAUGUCUGGUGAUAGCUACAUCCGCCGCCUUAAGGUGAAGGACUCGUCGCGGCAAGUUGGAGAUGGCACCGUCUAUAAGGAGUAUAUGAAAAGUAUGGGAUGGCUGCUCGCAGGGUCUGCCAUUUUUUUCUCCUGUCUCUGGGGCUUCUUCUUAAACUUUUCCACUAUCUCGUACUGGGCCGGUAUCUACGCGCUGUUUCAGAUCAGUGCCUUGGUUUCGCUCCUACUACUUGGUGCCUCAAUUUGGAUUUUCUCCAUCAAACGCGCUGGCGCAAACUUGCACGACGACAUUUUGAAGACACUUUUCCGAGCGCCACUCAGUUUCUUCGCUGAAACCGAUAUUGGGGUUACAACAAACUUGUUUUCGCAAGAUUUGAAUCUCAUUGAUACAGAGCUGCCAGAUGCCACACUCAGCACGCUCUUCUCGAUAACCCAAGUUGUCGGACAAAUGGCUGUUAUGGUCACUUCGGCUCCCUACUUGGCCAUCACCUUCCCAUUCCUCGCCGCUCUACUAUACGUGCUACAAAAGUUCUACCUACGCACGUCAAGACAACUUAGAUUGCUCGACUUGGAAGCCAAGAGCCCGCUAUAUACCCACUUCCUUGACAUUGUUAGGGGCAUCACAACCCUACGGGCAUUUGUCAUGCUGCUGGCAAUAGGGCUGACAACAUUUGCCGUGCGCGUCCAUUCCAACACUGCUUUUACUGGUGCUGCUUUGUAUAGUCUUUUGAGCUUUGGAGAGAACCUUGCUGGCAUUGUUCUGUUUUGGACGAAGCUUGAAACUUCACUUGGCGCAAUUGCCCGACUCAAGACGUUUAACGACACGGUUAAGCCCGAGGACAAGGAUGUAGAGGAUAUUCACGCUCCCGAAGACUGGCCUCAGCGCGGCGUGGUGGAACUGAAAGGCGUUUUUGCAAAAUAUGGAAAGGAUCAUGAUGACGCGACUACGAGCUUUGCUCUCCGCAAUAUCCAGCUCACCAUUGACUCUGGAGAAAAGAUUGCUAUCUGUGGUCGUACCGGCAGCGGCAAGUCCAGCCUCGUUGCUCUGCUUCUGAAGCUUCUCGAGCCAAUAUCCACCACAGCGGAGAAUGUUUUCAUCGACGACUUGCCACUUCAUCGGCUGAACCGAUCUGAUUUACGCCAGCGCAUCAUAGCAGUGCCCCAAGAAGCCGUCUUCUUGCCAGAUGGGUCUACAGUUCAGAACAACCUUGAUGUUGCUGAUGAGGCCACACCCAAGGAAUGCAAGGCCGUACUCGAAUCUGUCGGCUUGUGGAACUUUGUCGAGGAGCGAGGUGGCUUAACUGCUGCAAUAAACGCCUCAAGCUUCAGCGCCGGACAACGGCAGCUACUCUCAUUUGGUCGCGCCCUACUCAGACGAUCCGUUCGCGAGCGCAAAUUUGGGGCUGAUAGGAAGCUGGGUGGUAUUCUCAUUCUGGACGAAGUCAGCUCAAGCGUAGAUCGAGAGACGGAACGCAUCAUACAGGAGACUAUUAGGACUGAGUUCCAGAACUACACAGUCAUUGCGGUCAGUCAUCGACUAGACACGAUUAUGGACUUUGAUAGAGUGGUAGUCAUGGAUACCGGCGAGAUUGUGGAAGUUGGCAAACCAGUUGUGUUGGCGCAAGAGGCUAGAAGCAGGUUUGGUGAUCUAGUAAGAGCAGGAAACAAGUAG